CAUUAUUGGUGAUAGAGCAAUUAAUAUAUGUUUGGUUUCUUUUUCCUUCUUCGUCAUAUUCUAAUUCUCUACUUUCAAAAUGGCUGGACAAAAGAUUUGGCUGCGCGCUGAGACUAAGCCCGCUGAGGCACGGUCUGCCUUGACCCCAACUACCUGCAAGGCAUUGAUCGAUGCUGGAUAUGAUGUGACUGUCGAGCGGUCAACUCAGCGCAUCUUUGACGAUGAGGAAUUCUCCAAGAUCGGUGCGCCUUUGGUCGAGGAGGGAUCCUGGGUUCAGGAUGCCCCUAAGGAUGCCGUCAUUCUGGGUCUCAAGGAGCUGCCAGAGGAUGACUUCCCUCUGGAGCACGUCCACGUCACUUUCGCACACUGCUUCAAGCAGCAGGGCGGCUGGGAAAAGGUUCUCAGCCGUUGGCCUCGCGGCAAGGGCACAUUGCUUGACCUCGAAUUUUUGACUGAUGAUUCCGGGCGCCGAGUUGCUGCCUUCGGAUGGUCCGCCGGUUACGCAGGAUCUGCUUUGGCUGUGAAGAACUGGGCUUGGCAAUUGACACACCCCAACGAGACCUUGCCUGGUGAGGUCCCCUAUGCCAACCAAGACCGUCUGGUCGAGUCUGUUAAGGAGUCACUCGAGGCUGGCAAGAAGGUCGCUGGAAAGGCACCUAAGAUCCUUGUCAUUGGAGCUCUCGGACGCUGUGGCAGCGGUGCCGUACAGCUGGCCAAGGAUGUCGGUAUUCCCGAGUCCAACAUCAUUGAGUGGGAUAUGGCAGAGACUGCGCGUGGUGGUCCUUUCAAGGAAAUCUCACACGAGGCGGAUAUCUUCGUGAAUUGCAUCUACCUCUCGGCUAAGAUUCCAGCCUUCGUGAACGUGGAGUCUCUCUCUGCCCCUAACCGAACCCUGUCUGUUAUCUGCGACGUCAGCGCCGACACCUCUAACCCUUUGAACCCUAUUCCUUUAUACGACAUUACGACCACUUUUGAUAAGCCCACAGUUCCCGUCUCCGGCCUGGAGGCUGGGGGCCUGCCUCUCAGCGUGAUUAGCAUCGAUCACCUCCCAUCUCUCCUUCCCCGUGAGAGCUCUGAGAUGUUCAGUGAGGCUCUUCUGCCUAGUCUUCUCACGCUUAAUGACCGGGCCAACUCUCGGGUCUGGAAGCAGGCUGAGCAGCUCUUUGAUGAGAAGGUUGCUACCCUGCCUAAGUCGCUUCAGGCCUAA